GCAGUGGUGACAACUUCAACAAAAUGAACUUCCUCUUUUUCGAUACGUUCGCGUUCGUGUGAAUUUGUCAAGAAAUUUCACAAAAUAAAUCUUAGCCAUGGUGCGCAUGAACGUAUUAGCUGAUGCUCUAAAAUGCAUUAAUAACGCUGAAAAGCGUGGUAAACGCCAAGUGCUGCUCCGCCCCUGCUCUAAGGUCAUCAUUAAAUUCUUAACUGUAAUGAUGAAACAUGGCUACAUUGGUGAAUUCGAAAUUGUCGAUGAUCAUCGUUCUGGUAAAAUUGUUGUCAAUCUAACUGGACGCUUGAAUAAGUGUGGUGUUAUCUCGCCGCGUUUUGAUGUGCCCAUCAAUGAUAUUGAAAAAUGGACUAACAAUCUAUUGCCAUCACGUCAGUUCGGUUAUGUUGUAUUGACUACAUCAGGCGGUAUUAUGGAUCAUGAAGAAGCUAGAAGAAAACAUUUGGGAGGCAAGAUCCUUGGAUUCUUCUUCUAAACUAAAUUAAUUUGUUUGCAAAUAUAAUACUGACGUGUUUUUAUAUUGAAAACAUUUUUAUUUUUAUUAAAAGAUAAAGCAACAAAGAUAAUUGCAUUUAUAUGGCAAUUUAAGUGAGGAGAAUAAAGGAUGAUAAAAUAAAAAAAAGAAAA